UUUUGUUAGCAUUACCGAAUGAACAAACGCGGCAAAGAUGUCUUCUGUUUACUUGAAAUUUCCCCGUCGAGCGCCUCUUUGUUUACUGUGUAGGACACCAAUCAGCCUUGAUAGCUUUGUGGGAUAUGGUUAAGAAAAUGCAGAUUAUAAAAGACUACAGUCGUCAGAACAUGUGCCACGAUAGCAAUACCUCUACAUAUUUCCAAAGAUCUUUGCACAUAUAUAAUGGCUACAAACCAUAUGAUAUACAAUGACAUCUGACCUUGUGCUGAAGAAAUGGAAUUCAAAAACAUUAUUACAAGAAAACUGAUUGGAAUCAACUUGAUGUAAAGGUCAAUGUCUUUAUAUAUUUUGGCGCAGUGGAAUUGUAUGAUAACUAUGUCGAAUUUGUAAGCACAGUCCUAAUUUGGGGAGGCUUAUAUAAACUUAUGUCAAAACAACUGUCUGUCUUGAAGAAAAUUAGUUCUUCAAAUCUAGCCUGAAGAGCAUUCCAUUUAACUUUGAAGUGUUCAAACACCUUGCGAUUAAUUCAAAAGUUGGAAUUAUGAUAUUUAAGAUAAAUAUGUAUUACAUCUGAACGCCGGUCGAAGUUACCUACUAGUAUGCAUGACAUUAUUUUGAGAAAUAAUCUUGAAAAACUCGUUUAUUUUUGCUAUAUUUGUAUAACAGUUAAAACGAAGUGUAGGGCAUGCAUAAAUUGAUAUUUGAAGUGGCAACAGGUUGAACAAGUUUUGUAGAAUUGGUUGGAAAACCGGGCAUACUAUAUAAACAGUAAACAUUUCGAGCGCACUGUUGUUAUCUCAUGUGUCAGAAAGUAUAUUCAGACCAGGAGGAAAAUGGAUCAAAACCAGUAUCCUUAUAUUCGUCGAAAAAGGUUUUGUUUCCCUGUCUGUGCCUUCUUGGAAUAGUUAGAGACACCGGAAAGAAACCAUAUCCUGUGCGUUCAACAAAGGAAUACCUGAUGAAUGACCAUUUGUCACAGGAGGUGUCACAAGAGCAAGCUGGUACUGAUAGGAGUGAAUUUGCGUUUUCAAGUGGAUUGUCCAUACCGGUCACUACUGACCAAGCGUCAAGGUCAAGUGUCGGUGACCGCGAACAUGCAUCGCACAAUGGUUACCGCUUGAAUGAAAACAUUGAACAUGUUCACCAUGGGAGACAAGAAAAUGGAAGACAAGUUGAAGAACUGAGAAAUGAUCGUACAAACAUUUCUGCCAUUUCUACCCCGCCCAGACAUCCGGAUUAUGUAGAAUACAGUGAUAGGCUAAGAACAUACGCUAGGUGGACACACAGGAAACCUGAUCCGCCUUCAUUGACCGGGGCUGGAUUCUUUUUUACUAAUGAUGGAGACCUUGUGCGGUGUUACCAAUGUGGCAUCGGGCUGAAAGACUUCUGCGAAGAAGACGAGCCUUUGAAAGAGCACGUGAGGCAUUCUGGGAAUUGUCCUUAUCUACAGCAGCAUCUAGGAGCAGCACAGCUGGCAGAAUUAAAGAGACAACUUCAGACAGAAGAUCCUGAGUAUAACAGGCAAAUGCAAUGGAAUGCCCGGCACACGCUUGAUCCUACGACAACUAAUUAUCGGCACCCUGAAUAUCAAACACUGCAGUCACGCUUGUCAUCGUUCAGUUCCUGGCCUCAACACAUGAUACAGACCCCACAGCAAUUAGCAGACGCUGGAUUGUAUUAUACAGGUUGCGAAGAUCGCGUGCGUUGUUUUGCCUGUGACGGCGGACUUCAGCGCUGGGACCCGGAUGAUGACCCGUGGACGGAGCAUUGUCGCUGGUUCCCAGCCUGCCCUUUUGCGAGACAACAGAAGGGUGAUGAAUAUAUCGCUGUGAUUCAAGCAGCCGUUGCAUAUGAAAAUCAGGGAAAUGGUGCACAGUUGGGUGACCGAGGUCUAUCAGGUGCGAUGGAGCAAAUGGUACUUAGGGAACCAGAAUACAUAGCUGCUAUGAACGAACACAGGGAUGCAUGUGUAGAGAUGGGGUACCAGCUAGAGGAUUUCAAUGAGGCUGUACACGAACUUAGAAACAGAGGUAGCAUAAAGCCAACCAUUGAGGAAGUUAUUGAUGCAAUCGAAGUUAUCAAAGCGAGAAGAGUACAAGAGGAAGCGUUACAGGCCAUACAAAAUGAAACGCCAGCUGAAGAAAACCAACGUUUGAAGAAUUUUAUCAUUUGUAUGAAGUGCCGUAGGAAUAACGUCAAUGUUCUGUUCUUGCCGUGCACGCAUCACCGUAUGUGCAUGGAGUGUGCGGAUCCAUUGACCCGGUGCCCUGUCUGCGAUAAAAUUAUACGACAGAAAAUACGGACAUACUUGGCGUGAAUCAUGAAACAUGUGUGGCUUAAUGGUAAUCAAUGGGACAUUCAAACAUGCAAAAAACUGGACCUUUUUCCGGAUCUGUUGAAUAUGUGUUUCUGUAAAGCAUUUUCUUUAGUAGAUUCUACUGGUUAUUCCUCCAAGUGGGAAACAUGGUUUUGUAAAGCAACUGUAUUUCUAAGUUCUUAAUGUCCUUUCAUUAUCAUGAUCUGAAAUGGUGGUUUACUGAGGUAGUAUUGUCUUGUUAUGAUGUUUUCUGGAUGCAGUGUUUUUAAUGUUGGUUUAUGGUUGAUGUUUAGGUGCUGAUAAACAUUACACAAAAGAUGGAUGUUGAAAGACUUAAUUAUUGGAAAUUUAUGUUAUAUGAAUGAGGACAUAAAGAUCUAUGACGAAUCAAAGAUUGAAACGACGUUACAACAACAAGGUUAUGGUCACCACAUUCUGCCAAUAACAGUUCGAUUAAAGUGCAUGCCAGUUUAUUUAGACAGGUUAGUAUUAUCGCUUUAUCUUGAUGCUAAAUGCAAAGGAAACAUUCCUGACAGCUGCUAAAGACUGUAUGACAUGAGUGACUGACUAAUCGGCUGUGGUACAGUCAGCAUUGCAGAAGUAUUAGUAUCUAAAGAAAAUAAUAGAAGAAUUUUAAGGACGGCACAGUCAAAGCCUUCCUGAUGAUAAAAGCAAGCCUUAAGUGCAUGAUUCACACUUGCACCUUGUGAUUUCCGUUUAACUGAUGUAUUUGAUGUGAAUAAAGAAAACACAUGACACCAAUGGUCGGUAGUGAGAAGUUUACGCCCAACAUUACUACAGCUGUCUUGUGAUAUACAGUAUGUUGAUGAAUCGGUAUUUUCUGGACACGUUUCAGUAGUAAUUAUGGAAAGUGCAAAACUAACUAAUGGUAUUAGCUCACAUGUACGUUGUGAUCGCCUUAUGUCCUUUGCCUUUUCGUUUCCGUCGGUCUAUACUUUGUAAACCACUUCCUGCCUGGAAGACUUUUCGAUUUCGGAUAAAACUUAAUGCAAGAGAUCCUGAUGGUUCAGAAAUGAAAACUUGUUAAAUUGUUUGCGAUUUUCUUACAUUUUGAUUGCCAUAGCAAUUGUUUGAUUAACUAAAAUAUUCGUCUCUGAAACUGCCCGGCAAAAUUGAAUAUAAUAAUACAGAAAUACUACUCAUAAGGAAGAUGCAUUUCAAAACUAUAACGAAAGAUUUUAUUCACUGAAUACAUAAACGCAAGGGUAACAUUUGUAGACUAUUUAGAAAAAAAUGUCACGUCUAUCAUUGACCAGCAGUUCUUUCGAGUCAAAUUCAGAAUCGCCACAGGAUUAAUGUCUUACAGGCUGUAAUAAAUAGAAAACUUUAAAAUCGCAUAUUUGAAACAGCAGUACAGAUCUUCUUCAUAUUUGUAAUUAAGUAUCCUUAAAUGAAGUUCUUUCGGGUAUUUUGAAUCAAGACGUUGGUUCCUUUUUUACCCAACACAAUGGGCAAUCAGUUUUUAUUCUGAUAAUUUCAACAGUCUUCUCCUAAACGUGCAAGGUCUUUACCGUAGAGCAAAUGCUAGUCUUCUUUAAUGUGAAAAGUUUAUGAGCAUCACUGGGGUUUUGUUAUUGUACACCCCCCCUCCCGACAACAAAGUUGUAAGGGGGGUAUACUGGUUUCAGGCUGUCUGUCUGUCCGUCUGUCCGUAGACGCAAUCUUGUGCGCACCAUCUCUCCUUAUCCCCUUGACAGAAUUUAAUGAAACUUCACACAAGUGAUCAGUACCAACAGUAGUUGUGCAUGGGCCAUGUAAGGUUCUUUUAGGAAAAAAAAUUUGCAGAGUUAUGGGACUUUGUUUUUUUGUUAUUAUACUAUAUACAUAGACACAAUCUUGUGCGCACCAUCUCUCCUCAUCCCCUUGACACAAUUUAAUGAAACUUCACACAAGUGAUCAGUACCAACAGUAGUUGUGCAUGGGGCAUGUAAGGUUCUUUUAGAAAAAAAAAUUGCAGAGUUAUGGGACUUUGUUUUUUUGUUACUAUACUAUAUACAUAGACACAAUGUCCUGCGCACCAUCUCUCCUCAUCCCAUUGACACAAUUUAAUGAAACUUCACACAAGUGAUCAGUAACAACAGUAGUUGUGCAUGGGGCAUGUUAGGUUCUUUCAGCGACAAAAAUUGCAGAGUUAUGGUACUUUGUUUCUUGUUAACAUACUAUGUACAUACAGUCUGCAUAUGCAAUCUUGUGCGUGCCUAAUCUACCAAACCCUUGCACACAAUUUAAUGAAACUUCACACAAGUGAUCAGUACCAACCCUGGUUGUGCAUGGUGCAUGUUACAUUCUUUUCGAUAAAUAUUCUGCAUAGUUAUGGGACUUUGUUUUUUGUUACUAUACUGUAUACAUACAGUCUAUAUACAUAGUCCACAUAAUUAUGCAAUAUUGUGUGUGUCAAAUUGCAAUGUACUGUGUCAGUGCAUGCGAGGGAGGGGGGGGGGGGGUACAUUCAUCACCUUUAGUGAUAGCUCUAGUUAACAAAUGUUGUGGAAAGCAUCUCUCUUCAUAUUUAAGCUGUUGCACAGAUUGUCAGCACAUUUCAUCAAAAGUAUUUGUAUAUGAAUCCUGCUUGCGUUUGUUAAAGUCAUAGCUAUUGGUGAGCGUUAUAUCUUAAGGGCCAUUCUAUGUACUUUCCGAUUGUUGUUUAUAACUUUGUGUUCUUUUUUUCCAUAUCAUUGUACAUUGAGACUUAAAAUUGAAAUUGUUUAUUGCAAGUAUUAUAUUUAAGCUGCGCUUCAAAAGUCAUGCAAUAUUUUUUCGUUGAAGAACAUAUGGAUGUCUAACAGUAUAAAUGAUAUGAAUAAAAUCAACUGAAUGACUGUAAGAAAGGGAGGCUUUUAAAGUGAGCAAAUAUGCUGAUUUGAUUGCACUAUUUCGGACGACAAAAAGUCAGAAAAUAACAAAUGUGUAUCGAUAGGACUAAAUUGUUUUUUAUACUUGUAGCAUGUGUAAAUGUUGAGUUCUGCUCAACCCGGUGUUGAAGUGCGCGAACGGUAGCAUUCUUUUCCACUACCAUCGAUGGGCAGGCUCUAUCAAACUUUCGUUUUUUGUGGUGUUGAGCGACCUGUUAAGUAACCACUUUUUAUUUCAUGAUCCUUAGUCAAAAAUGUUUAUAUGUUCGACAAAAAAUAUAUGUUCUUUUAUGUAUAUUUAUGACUAAGUUAAGGGCCAUAACUUUAGUCUGGCUGAAUGAAAUCUCUAACAAAACUCCAGGUGCACAAUUUCAUUCGCGACUGUUUCGUAAUUUUACGUAGAAUACUUUCUAAGAUACGUGCGGCACAAACUUUCAGGCACUUUCUUGCAUAAAAUAUCAGCUCGAGCUCUGCUCAACCCGGGGCUAGAGGGCGUGGACAGUAGCAUGCAUUUCUGCUAUCGUCCUUGCACAGGCUCAAUCAAAUCGGGCCUGCAACAUUUUCGUUCAUGACGUGUUAGGCGUACUGUGGUUUUCCACUUUUUUGUAUGUUUGACUAUUCAAGGACCAUAACACUGGUCUGGCAGUGUGAGAUUUCAUUUAAAAUACCAGGUGAACAAUUUCACUUGCUGAAUUGUGUGAGGUUUGAUGACGCUUGGCCAAAAACUGUUCGGGGUAUGCACGACACAAAUACGGACGGAAAGACGGACGGACCAGAGCAAUACAAUAUAUAAAAUAUCUCUUAUAUUAAAGUGACUUUACGUCAAACGUCUGAUAUACAGGACAAGUUUUAUGAAUUUCUUGUUAAUAUAAUGAAAACUCAGUUUCAGUGUACCAGUAUUACGUAUAAACAUAAGUUUUUAGAUUAGAUAUGAUAUUUAAAAGUGUAUAUCAAACAAUGUUUUAUGCUUGUCUAUCAAUUUUAUUCCAUAAUGCGCUCAAUUGGCUCAAUCAUUCAUAUUUACAUAUGUUUUUGUUUUGAAUAUUUGUAAUAAUUCAAUGUAAUACUAUAUAUAGAUAAUAAAUGUCUAAAGUAUA